AGAACCUAAACAGAAGAGAGAAAAUGCUGCAGCAAGACGGAGACCCACUCCCACUGACUGAGCCUGCACUGCCCUCUCUUCUUCCUCUCCGCGUUGGUCGUGCUCGCCCCUUCUCAACCAGCGGCUCCGCUCCAUCCACGCCCCUGCUGCUGCUGCUGCUGCACCAACGUCGGCUGCUCUUCUUCCAUCUCCCCGUUGAAAGCCUGUUGCUGCUUCAUGGCUUCACCUGCCUGCUAAAUAAAGGUGGAUCUAAAGCAGGCCUCCAAGAGAAGCACCCACGGCGCUACUCUGCUCUGCUUUCAGCUCAGGCACAGCACAAACAUAACUAGAGAGCCAAGAUAGAUCCUUGUCCAGCCAUCUCAGCCACAGAUGGUUGGAAUAAUGGUGAGCGCUUCUACCGGAGUGAUGAAUUCUCUCCUUGGUAAGCUGGCCACCCUGAUGGGGGACGAGUUCGCCAAGCUAAAGAACCUGAGGAAGGAGGUUAAGUACAUCAGCGAUGAGCUGAGCAGCAUGAAGGAUGCUCUGGAGAGCCUUGCAGAUUUGGAUGAGCUGGAUAUACAGACUGCAAGGUGGAGGGACGCGGUCAGGGAGAUGUCUUAUGACAUUGAGGAUAUUAUCGAUGGCUUCAUGUCCAAAAUUGGUGAGAAGAGGAAAAAAUCUGGGUUUGUCCAUGACACCAUUCAACGCCUUAGAACUUCAAGGGCCCGCCAUCAGAUUGCUGGCCAGAUUGAGGACAUCAAGAAACUUGUGCGUGAAACAAGUGAACGGCGUGACAGAUACAAGGUCGAUGUCCCCACAUCACAUAAUGUGGCUGUUGACCAACGGGUUGUCGCACUCUAUGAGAAUGCAGCUAAACUUGUUGGCAUGGAGGGCCCAACCAAUGAGGUUGUUAGUUGGCUAAAAGAUGAGGAUAAGCAGUUGAAGGUUGUAUCAAUUGUAGGUUUUGGAGGUUUGGGUAAAACAACACUCGCCAAUGAGGUAUACCAUAAGCUGAAGGCGGAAUUUCAUUGUAGUGCAUUUGUGCCGGUGUCUCAAAAGCCCAACAUUCCAAAACUUCUGAAUAGUUUAUUAACCCAACUUGGGUGUGGACAACCUUUUCAUGAUUGUGAAUUAAAUGUUCUUCUCGACCAACUCAGAGAAAACCUGAAAAACAAGAGGUACUUGGUUAUCAUCGAUGAUCUAUGGGAUGUAUCAGCAUGGAAUAUUAUUAAAUGUGUUUUCCCAGAAAAUAAUCUUGGUAGUAGAUUAAUAGUAACUACAAGAAUCAAGACUUUGGCUGAGGCAUGUUGUUUCGGUCACCAUGAGCACAUUCUUGAAAUGAAACCUCUUAGUGAAGAAGAAUCAAGAAAAUUGUUUUUUGGUAGGAUAUCUGGCUCUGAAGAAGCUUGUUCAGGUCAACUCAGAGAUGUUUCAGUUCAGAUUCUCAAGAAGUGUGGUGGUUUGCCGCUUGCAAUCAUUAGCAUAUCCGGCCUAUUAGCAAGUGAAAGUUCCGACCAAAAGGAGAAGUGGAAAUAUGUACUGAAUUCGUUGGGGUCAGUGUCAGGCACAAAUCUCACCUUGGAAGCAAUGAGACAGAUCUUGAACCUUAGUUACAAAAAUCUUCCUCACCACCUCAAGACGUGCUUCUUGUAUCUUGAUGGGGGAGCAGAACAAGGCCAACACACCGCGCCUGUUCCACGCGGCGCCUCGUCCCGCUCCCACUCCGCCCGCUCCGGCUGCUGCUCCACCGCCGCCGCCCCCGUCUCAGCCACCACCGGGCUGGCGUCCCAGCCCGAACUACAAGGGCAAGAACCCGAUCUACCGGCCGCCCAAGCACGGCGGCACGUCUUCCUCAUCUGCUCCAGCGCCGGCCUCACCAUCGCCGGCUCCUGCACAUUCGGUGGCGCCCUCCAACCCGGAUCCUUCUGCAUGGCGCCCCUUAGUGCAGGCCUGGCCCAUGCCUUGGUCCGCGCGCUCACCAUACGGCGUCCCGCCGGCUUACAGCGGCGCAUGGGCGCCCGGUCUUCGCCCUGCAGUUGGUGCACUCGGUCUCCUGGGUUCCCGUCCUCCACCGGCUGCCUACACUGCCUACGCGCCUCUGUAUCAAGUCGCCGCUGCUCCCACGGCCUACUCCAUGUACCCCUACGGCGCUCCACCACCGGGCUGGGAUCACGCUGCGUCGUCGGCGUCCUCUUCUGCCUCGCCGCCUUCGUUUGUUACACCUACAACGACUGCCACAACUCCGGCUUGGGACCAGGCCGCCUUCAUCGCCGCCACAAACUCACUUACCACUCAGGACACAGGACCUUCAAACCAAGAUGGAGAUCGCUCGGUUCAAUAGUUCUGGUGACUUGUACACGGUUGACAACGCGUCAUCCUCGUCAUCUCAUGCCAUGCUUGCUUCUGUCGGCUUAUGGCACCGUCGGCUCGGUCACCCUCACAGCGGCACGACGACCACUCUUCUUCGCGAGUUCCAGCUUCCAUAUGAUCGUGAUAGCCAUGAUCCCUCUCUGUGUCAUGCGUGUCAAAUGGGCAAACAUGUGCACCUGCCUUUUGGCACGUCUUCUACUCGUAGCUCUUUUCCCUUUGAGUUGUUACAUUGUGAUUUGUGGACAUCACCUACCCCUAGUGUGUUUGGUUUUAAGUACUAUCUUGUACUCUUAAAUGAUUAUUCUCACUUUAUAUGCACCUUUCCCAUUCGUGCAAAA